GGCUCUGUCACUGGUAAUAUUAUUAGCUUAAACUGCCUUGCAGCCAUUUCUGUUAAGCUGCGCCCUGAGGAUUUAGAGUCGGUAUAAAGUUUGUGGGACGGACUUGUCUCGGAGCGCACAGCGAACACUGCUGGAUGAGUACUGAGUUCCCAUUUCCUAAUCAAUGGACUUUAAGCUAUAGAGUUGUAUGAAGCACCGGAGGAAUUUGCGCCGCGGGCCGAGGUGGGACGUUUCGUAAGCGCAAAGGGCGCGCGCGCUCCAGUCUCCAUGCCACUGUCCACAAGUAAUUCCACCGCUUUACGAGACGCACGGGCAGCAACGAAACGCAAAAGAACACGCACACCGAUCACCAUCGCCAUCACCAGACACGUGUCGUCGGAUUUAGCUGGUGUGGAUCCAAGAUUAAUUGCGACCUAAGGCUGUGCAUUUGCGCACAGGAGCGCCGUGUUGUGUUAACAAGCGCGGCUCCCAGUCUGUUUGUGUUUGCGCGCUGUACGGCCACUGACCGGGAGCACACGCGGUAAAAUGAGGUUGAGAGGCAUCGUUGUGUUCGUCGCUCUCUGCGCGUUCUCCGCUUAUUAUAUUUACGAGCCCAUUCCAGAUGCGGUAGAGGAGAAAUGGUCACUGAUGUUUCUCUGCUGCGGCUUCAAAACCUUAUCACAUGUGGCAUACCUCAGUGAAUUUUUCGGGCUGAAGGACUACAUGGACGUACUGUUCGUUGUUACUUAUUUGGAAAGGAUAGUGCCCGUGUCUGACGAGAAUGUUACGGUGACAAUGGAGAAGUUUGAUGGAGUGGAGGUGUUGCUCUACCAGCCAAAGAAGCAGGGUGCCGAUGCUGAACUCAGGAGAGCUGUCAUAUACCUUCACGGAGGCGGAUGGUGCGUUGGCAGCUCCCGCAUGGCUUCAUAUGAUGUCCUGAACAGAAUGAUGGCCACUGAGCUAGAUGCAGUGAUUCUUUCAGUAGAGUACCGCCUCGCCCCUGCUCACCACUUCCCCAUCCCAUAUGAGGACGCGUACCGCGCGACCAAAUAUUUCCUCCAGGAGGGGGUGCUGGCUCAGUACUCUGUGGACCCGGGGCGCGUUGCUGUGUCUGGGGACAGUGCUGGGGGAAACCUGGCAGCUGCAGUCUCUCAACAGUUGCAGAAAGAGCCUGGACAGCAGAUUCAACUGAAGGCCCAAGCACUCAUCUACCCUGCACUGCAGGCUCUGGACCUUAACACUCCUUCAUAUCAGCAGAAUCAGUACAUUACGUCCAUUCUGCCUCGCGCCCUCAUGUUGCGUUUCUGGAGUCAAUACUUCAGUAGCAACAAGGCCCUUUUUGAGGCCAUGAUGGCAAACACCCACAACAACCUCGAGACCUCCAGCCUGCUAAAAUUUGUCAACUGGAGUGCUUUUCUACCAGAAAAGUUCCAUAAAAAUUACAACUAUAGUGCUCCUGCUGUGGUAGAGCUGGUUGGAGAGGAAGCAGUAGGGAUGGACAGUCCAUCUCAGUCUUUUGCUGACCCAAGGGCAUCACCCCUGCUGGUUCCAGACUCAGUCUUACGCUCUCUGCCUAAGGCCUACAUUAUAACAUGUGAGUAUGACGUUCUCCGAGAUGACGGGAUUAUGUAUGCCACGCGGCUCCGUGCUGCUGGUGUUGAGGUGACACAUGACCACUAUGAUGAAGGAGUUCAUGGAGCGAUUAUGUUCAAUAUUUGGCCAGCUGACUUUCGGAUUGCACGUCUCAUGACAGCCAAAUAUAUCAAAUGGCUCAAGGAAAACUUGUAAAAAAACCUUUUAUAUUCAUUCCAGUUAUUGCACCACUGUGGUAACAGGGUUUUUUUUUUCCCAGUUAGUGUUCAACUUUUUUUUUUUUUUCUUUUUUCUGUAAAUAUAUGGAUAAGUAUGUUCACUUACAUGUAGAAUGGAGUGUAUUAUUCAACUAACCAAAUGCCACUCAGAUGCUGCAGUAUCACUGAACCUGUGUUGUGUAUGGCUAUUUAUUUAUUUCAUUUAGUUGACAAAGGAAGUCCUGCUACCUGAUUUUACUUUCACUACAUCAUUUUAGCAAUACCAUUUGUAGCAUACUGCUUCAAAAAUAUGACAUUUCCCAUUAUGGAGUCGGAAGUAUAAAUCAUCACAAAGCAUUAAAAGUUAAUGAUAUUGCAUCAAAAAAAAUGGAUAAUUUGUUAAGUAUGGCACAACCACAAGGCAAGAGCUAACCCUCAACGUAUCUCAUAUGUGCUGCUAUGGUAAAUUAUUUAUAUUGCAAAACAUUCAGCAUUUAGUUUGAUUUCCUCCCACAUUUACAGGUAACACAUUAACAUAGAUGUUGUCAGUUUGAUUUGUGUGUUCAGCCACAUUCCACACAGAGUAUUGGUACUUACUGUGCACAAGUUUAAGUAAAGUUCAGGCUGUAACAACCUCCAUACAGUCAUCAAGUCAUGCAUUCACACAUUUGUGAUUGAGCUUUGUUGGAUAAUGGAUAUGAUGCAUGGAUAAAAGAGUAAUAAUGUCCAACAAGGACUUUGGGCAACAUUUUCAUGUUGAGCCUUGAUCUUUACAGCGUAUCACAAAUCUCUGAAAUUAUGAGUCCCCCGUUAUAUAAUUUAUAGCUGUGUGUGUGUGUGUGUGUGUG